AUGGGCCCCCGCAAAUCCAAAUAUAAACAUAUACCUUCCACCCGCCCUCCACCCACGUACGAGGACAGCUUCUCCGACGAAGAGUCGAUUCUCACCCCACCAAGCGACCCCGCGUUAUCUCAGCCACUUUCAGAGACGCCCAACGGCUUUAAAGAGUAUCCCACAUGCUUGAAGUGUGAUAUGCCAGGCCACUACAGCCGCGACUGUCACAAGCAGUCAGCUUCGUCAAAGCCAGAGGUCUACUGUAGCUUCUGCGGACAGCAAGGCGUCACUUCUAAGGACUGUUGCCUACGAAUGCCCCAGCUAAAGAUGAAGCGUAGGAGCAGGAAGAACAAGUCAAAGCGUCCUGCCGCUGUCGAUCUAACGCAAGACAAGAAGGUCGAGUCACUGGGUUCCGAGCAGAUCAAGACUGCCACUGCUGAGAAAGCCGCUACAAUCAACCCUGCCGUCUUCCGACCGUUGCGUCCAUCAGAUUUCCAUUACCAACCGUUCUAUCAAUCAGAUAACGGAAGCGAGCAAGCUAAUAUGAACGUCAACAACGGAGAAUCCUCGCUGACGCAGAAGACAGUUGAGACGGCCGUCAAACUUCGGGUUCCAGCCUUCCUCCAUGGACUCGUGGACUCGCCCAGCAGCCGAGACCCCAACAAGGCAACAAUGUCCAGCGACAAGCCUUCCUCUCAUACCGGUCACCUAGAAGUUCAGAAAGACCAAGACAAGUCGCCUGCAGACACCCACAAGGCGUUGUCGGACCACCUGCCGUGGGAGCUCACCUUAGCCGAGUGGAAGCGAAAAGAAAACGUGGCACGACUUCGCAAGCAGUCUGAGAAAAUGGGCUUCCAGUUCGCUGGUGAAGGUGCUGACAAUAUCGUUUCGAGCCCCACAACCAAUUCAACCGAUACGUCUAAGGCCACUGCUGCUUCCGAUACCUUCUCUCCUUCUGAAGGCUGGCCUGGGGGUCUCGAGCUACGCAAGGAUCACUUCCGCCGCCCUGUCGGGAAAGACGCCCUCCGUAGCAAGAAAUUCUUACAUCAAAUGCUCAACCUUGGCGAUGCUACGUCCGAAGCCGACGCCACGAUUCUUCCUGCUGACGAUGCUAUUGUUGAAGACAUAUCUUACGGGAAUGAGUACUAUUGCGGCCGUCAUCAACAUCGCGGGUCCCAGCCAUGCCCUGAUUGCCGCAAGCUAAUGGAGGCACGCAAGGCUGCGCUUGCCCAGCCUGAGGGCCUCGAAUCGCACAUGAAUCGCAAGGGUCACCGCAAGAUAAUGGAGGCACGCAAGGCUGCGCUUGCCCGGCCGAAUAUAACUUGGAACGGUGAACACUGGGCUACCACACCGUGGGGCGCUUAUGACUAUGCGCAGAACUUCAAUCAAGCUGGUCAUGAUGCUGGCAGCUCUAGUGACGUCGUCGGCAACCACAAAGACAACGUCAGCUCGAGUGACGAUGCAACUGCUGCCCACGAGACGGUUCGCAACUGGGCUUGUAGUGGCGAACAUUGGGGUAAUUGCUGUACUUCCGCUGGGGACAAGAAGUGUGAUCCCGGGGAGUGCGCAUGUUGUGCCAUCUCCCAACGUCCCUCAAAGCCCGAGCCAUUGCAAAACCCAAGCGCCGCCUCCGUCUCUACCGACAGCCAAGAUGACAUAUCCAAAUGUCAAACAUGGCCCGUUAUGGAUCCUCCUCCUGUCCCUUGGAGCCGCUUGCUUGACAACGAGCCUCCCCGGGUCCCUGUCCGUCAUGAUCUAGUCGUAACGUAUUGGAUCACCGUCGAGUCGGGGGAGCAGGAAAUGCAUAUCCCGAUCGAGCCUGAGCAAGUCGCUGGACCGGAGAAGGACAUCAUCAAUACCGGAAUGAAGGACGUCUGGCAGUGGGUUCAAGACAAGGGACUCGGGGACAAGGUCAGCUUGCAGGAUGCGUUUGACCUAGCGCACAAGAUGCACGGCGGGGCGACGAAAACUGGUGGAGGAGGCGACAAGAAACAUGACAGCGCUACACACUCCAACAAUGGCAAUCAAGCUAGUUGUGACCCUUGGGCGCAGGGACAGCGCUCGAACAACCCGUUCGGCGAAGUCAGCCCUCGCGCUUCUACCGAGAAGGAGGACUUCGCCAACCUUAUCUCGCACUGGGACGCUUAUAUUGAAAAGCAUGCUAGCGAUCGUUCGAUUACAAGUGCGAGUGCUGCAGAUGAUGGUGGUGGCAAAAAGGAUGAUGGCGGUGGUUGGGGUCCAGAUGGUGGUGGUUGGAGAGACGCUUCUGCUUGGGGCGCCUGA